ACUGAAGGGCUCACGCGAAAACGAAACAAGAAAGAAGAAGAAGAAGACCCAACAAGUUGUUUCCCCCCAUUCUCUCUCUCUCUCUCUCUCUCUCUCUCUGUCAAGUUGUUUUUUGUUGAUAGAUGGAGGAGGUGUCCCCCAGCGAAUCACAAUCGGCGGCGGCGGCGGUUGCGGCGGCGGCCGCUCCUCCGCGACCGUCACCCCCGCCUCCAUCUGCUCCAGCCGAUGACGAGGAGGAGCAAGAAUCGAAUAACGAAGACGAGAGUUUGCUGGAGAAGGCACAGGCACUCAUGGACAAGAUCACCUCCUCUCCUGAUAACCCUAAUCCCAACGUCAUCCACGCCCUUUCGUCUAUCCUCGAAACGCAAGAAUCCAGAUACAUGGAAGAGACAGGUCAUCUCUCCUUAAAUAAUACUCGAGCAUCUCACAAUGUUGGCCGGCUGGGGAGCUUAAUCCGGGAGAACGAUGAAUUUUUUGAGUUAAUAUCAUCAAAGUUCUUGUCUGAAGCUAGAUACCCAGCAUCCAUUCAGGCAGCUACAACAAGGCUUCUGUUCAGUUGUUCGCUUACUUGGAUGUAUCCCCAUGUUUUUGAAGAAACUGUUUUGGAAAAUAUUAAAGGCUGGGUGAUGGAUGAAACAGCCAGAUCUUCUGGUGAAGAUCGCAGCUGGAAGCAUGAAACAGGGAAAAGGAAAUCCUCUGACUCUGAGAUGUUGAAGACCUACUCUACUGGCCUGCUAGCUGUAUGCUUGGUGGGUGGUGGUCAAGGAGUGGAAGAUGUAGUAACAUCUGGAUUGUCUGCACUGUCAGCAAAGCUCAUGCGCUAUCUUCGUAUCCAGGCUUUAGGGGAGGCAAGUCAAAAAGAUGCUCAUUAUUUAGCAGAGAGCAAAAAUGCCUCUGUUAAUUGUGUACGAGUUAGAGAUGAAGGUCGGGGUAGGUUUUGGCAAGUUCCAGACACUUCUCAUUUGGAUCCUCCUAGGAUUAUGGAGGAAGGAUUGCUAGAUGAAUCAAGCACUAAAUGGACCCAUGAUAGUAGUCAAGCUUGUGCAGAUGAAUGUGGGGUUCAGGGUGGAGAACCUCCUGAUAGUUUGGCUGAAGGUCAUGAUACUUAUGAAGAGGUAGGUAUUAAUGGUGAGGACAGAUGGCAUGGUCAAGAUUUGCAUGAUGGAAGGACAAACAUUGGUGAUAGAAAUUGCCCAGCCAGGUCUGGACGGGAGGAAGAUUUUGAUGAGAGCAUCAGGGAUGAGUCAUCAAGGCGUAGGGUAGCCCGUGGAUUGGCACGAUCUAGAGGAAAGGGAAGGGUUAAUGAAGUAAUUCCAGAGAAUGAACAGGGUUUAAUUUCUCCUGGAUCUGGAAGUAGAUUAGGAACCCGGGGUCGGAUAAUCAAGGAAAGGAGUCUAAAUAGAAGUUUUGAUGUUAAAAGGCUCCCAGAUCCUAAGAAGAGUUUGGGUGGAGUGAGUGCUGAUAGUUUUGUGAUGGAAAGAGAGGAUAAUAAUGAUGACUGUUUCAAAGAAUGCAAAGUUGGCACCAAAGAUAUUUCUGAUCUAGUGAGAAAAGCUGUUCAAGCUGCUGAAGCCGAAGCUAUAGCAGCUAGUGCACCAGCAGAAGCUGUUAAAGCUGCAUGUGAUGCUGCUGCCGAAGUGGUCAAAAGUGCUGCUUCUGAGGAACUUAAAAGGACAGGCGAUGAAGAAGCUGCAGUUUUGUCUGCUUCCAUAGCUGCAUCUACAGUUAUUGAUGCUGCUAGUGCUAUAGAAAUGUCAAGGUCUUCAAUUGGUGUUUGUGAUGAUUCAAUAGCUCCAAAUGGCACAGAACCAGAACCAAAUGAAGAAGCUGAAGAAUUUUUCAUUCUUGAUAUUGAUUCUCUUGCAAAACUGAGAGAAAAAUUCUGCAUCCAAUGUCUUGUAAUACUAGGAGAAUAUGUUGAAGUUCUUGGCCCUGUACUUCAUGAAAAGGGGGUGGAUGUUUGCCUUGCAUUGCUGCAAAGAAAUUCCAAACAAAUAGACGAAUCAAAGAUUGCAAUGCUCUUGCCGGAUGUUUUGAAGCUGAUCUGUACAUUGGCUGCUCAUCGGAAAUUUGCUGCAUUGUUUGUGGAUCGUGGUGGCAUGCAAAGACUGCUUGCUGUGCCAAGAAUUGCUCAGACCUUUUUUGGCCUUUCUUCGUGCCUAUAUGCUAUUGGCUCUCUUCAGGGGAUUAUGGAACGUGUAUGUGCUCUUCCCUCUGAUGUGGUACAACAGGUGGUUGAGUUAGGUCUUCAACUUCUUGGAUGCCCCCAGGAUCAAGCCAGAAAAAAUGCUGCUUUAUUCUUGUCUAAUGCAUUUGUCUUCAGAGCAGUCCUUGAUUCCUUUGAUGCUCAGGAUGGCCUUCAGAAAUCAUUGAGUCCCUUGCAUGAUGCUGCCUCGGUAAGAUCUGGUGUUAAUUCUGGGGCAUUGGGACCAUCUAGUUCAGGACCACUUCGAAAUGACCGAUCCCCUCCAGAGGUACUGACCUCAUCAGAGAAGCAGAUAGCUUAUCACACAUGCGUUGCUUUGCGGCAAUAUUUUAGAGCGCAUCUCCUCUUGCUUGUGGAUUCAAUUCGUCCAAACAAAAACAAUAGAAGUGCAGUCCGAAAUAUUCCAAAUAUUAGAGCUGCCUACAAGCCACUUGACAUAAGUAAUGAAGCUAUGGAUGCAAUAUUUCGACAGCUGCAGAAGGAUCGGAAACUUGGCCCUGCAUUUGUGAGGGUUCGUUGGCCAGCUGUUGACAAGUUCCUAGCUUCAAAUGGGCAUAUAAUCAUGUUGGAAUUCUGUCAGGCCCCGACUGUUGACCGUUACUUACAUGACUUACUUCAAUACGCAUUGGGUGUUCUGCACAUAGUUACGUUGGUGCCUUACAGUCGCAAACCAAUUGUGAAUGCAACAUUAAGCAAUGAUCGCAUUGGUGUAGCCGUAAUUCUGGAUGCAGCAAAUGGUGCUGGUUAUGUUGAACCAGAGAUAAUUCAGCCAGCGCUGAACGUCUUAGUCAACCUUGUUUGCCCCCCACCUUCAAUCAGUAAUAAGCCACCCCUUAUCACACAAGUUCAGCAGUCAGCUUCUGUCCAAACCUUGAAUGGGCCUUCUAUGGAGUCUAGGAAUGCAGAACGAAAUAUCUCAGAUCGAGUUGGUAACAUGCCGGUUCAGAAUGAGCUGAGAGAACGGAAUGGGGAAUCCAGUGCCGCAGAUCGUGGCAGCAGCUUAACAGUAGGUGGUACAACAGCUGUUUGCAAUACUUCUCAAACAUCUGUAACAUCUGGACUGGUUGGAGACAGGAGAAUAUCUUUGGGCGCUGGAGCAGGUUGUGCUGGCCUUGCUGCCCAGUUGGAACAAGGCUACCGUCAGGCAAGAGAGGUCGUCCGUGCCAACAAUGGCAUAAAGGUUCUGCUACAGCUCCUCCAAUCUCGUAUAGUUGCACCUCCUGCUGCACUUGACUGUCUCCGUGCUCUUGCAUGUCGAGUGCUUCUUGGUUUAGCCAGAGAUGAUGCAAUUGCGCACAUAUUGACCAAGCUUCAGGUUGGGAAAAAGUUAUCAGAACUAAUUCGAGAUUCAGGCAGCCAGACUACUGGAAAUGAACAUAGCAGGUGGCAAGCUGAACUCGCCCAGGUGGCAAUUGAGCUAAUUGCGAUAGUAACAAACUCAGGGCGUGCAAGUACAUUGGCAGCUACUGAUGCAGCAACCCCUACUUUGAGACGUAUAGAGAGAGCUGCAAUAGCUGCUGCCACUCCUAUUACUUACCAUUCCAGGGAACUUCUAUUACUAAUUCAUGAACACCUUCAAGCAUCUGGUUUAUCUACAACUGCAGACGUGCUUCUGAAAGAGGCUCAAUUGACUCCUUUGCCUUCUUUGGCAGCACCAUCGUCUCUAGUGCAUCAAUCAUCUGGGCAAGAUUCCUCAUCAAUACAAAUUCAAUGGCCAUCAGGACGAAUUCCUGGUGGAUUUUUCUUUGAUAAACAACAGAAACCUACUUCAAGUAAUGGAGAUUCUAGUGUGAAAUGUGAAACAGAUGAGCCUACAUCAAAGAAGAAGCCUCUGUUCUCACCAACGCUAAACUUACAGUCAAGAAGUCACCCCCCCGCUUAUGAUUCCCCUCGGGCAUCGAGCAGCAAAAUCAUCAGUAAUUUAAAGAAGUCUUCUGCACCUGAAGGUACACCAGAGCCAUCAUCAAUUCCUGCAGUGAAGCCCAUUUUGGAUACUGAUAUUCAAUUUAAGACACCCAUCAUAUUGCCAAUGAAACGCAAGUUCAUGGAAUUGAAGGACAUGGGAUUGGGAUCAUCAGUGAAGCAGCGCAACACUUGUGAGCAUGGACUUCGAUCCCCAGCUUGUGUGACACCUAAUACUGCCCGUAGAAGCUGCCUACUGACUGAUGUUAAUGUUAAUUGUUCUCCAAGUACUAAUGUGAAAGAUCAUCAUGGACGAUUAAUUCUAAAUAACUCUCUGGCAGAGAAUUUGGAUGACAACCAAUGCAACACUCAUUUGGGUCCGAUGACACCUUCAACCCAAUUUGGGUUUCUAAGUGAUUCGCAACCUAUUAACAUAGAAAGGUUGACUCUGGAUUCUCUUGUUGUUCAGUAUCUGAAACACCAGCAUCGCCAGUGCCCGGCUCCAAUUACUACAUUACCACCUCUCUCCUUGUUGCAUCCACAUGUCUGUCCAGAGCCAAGACGAAGCCUUGAUGUUCCAUCAAAUGUAACAGCCCGGCUUAGUACACGUGAAUUUAGAAGUAACUAUGGUGGGAUUCAUGGAAGUCGUAGGGAUCGUCAAUUUGUCUACAGCAGAUUUAGGCCCUGGAGAACUUGUCGUGAUGGUGAUGGUGGUGACCGUUCCCUUUUGACAUGUGUUACUUUCCUUGGAGAUUCAUCUCAGAUUGCCGCUGGUAGCCAUUCUGGAGAGCUAAAAAUAUUUGACUCCAACAGCAAUAAUGUGCUGGAGAGCUGCGCUAGCCACCAGUCUCCGUUGACACUAGUGCAAUCAUACCUUUCUGGGGAGACCCAGUUGAUUCUUUCUUCGAGCGCCCAUGAUGUUCGACUUUGGGAUGCAUCUUCUGUUUCGGGCGGGCCAAAGCAUCCAUUUGAAGGAUGCAAGGCUGCGAGGUUCAGCAAUUCUGGAACCAUAUUUGCAGCAUUAUCUUCUGAGCAAUUCCGACGUGAAAUCCUAUUGUAUGAUAUCCAGUCAUGUCAUUUGGAUAUGAAGCUGACAGACCCCUCUUCAACUCCUUUGGGACGAGUCCAUGUUCAUUCUACUGUUCACUUUAGCCCUUCAGAUACCAUGCUGCUUUGGAAUGGAGUUUUAUGGGAUGGGCGGGUUUCUUGUCCUGUCCAUCGCUUUGACCAAUUUACAGACUAUGGUGGCGGCGGUUUUCAUCCUGCUGGGAAUGAGGUGAUCAUAAAUUCUGAAGUUUGGGACCUUCGGAAGUUCAGGCUCCUCCGAAGUGUACCUUCUCUGGACCAGACUGUUAUAACAUUCAAUGCUAGUGGGGAUGUAAUAUAUGCAAUUCUGAGAAGAAAUCUCGAGGAUGUUACAUCGGCAUUUCACACUCGUCGGGUCAAGCACUCCCUCUUUGAUGCUUUCCGCACGGUGGAUGCCGUCAACUAUUCUGAUAUUGCUACCAUUCCCGUGGACCGUUGUGUCCUUGAUUUUGCAACCGAGCCAACUGAUUCUUUUGUUGGAUUGGUCACUAUGGAUGAUCAAGAGGAGAUGUAUUCUUCAGCGAGGGUGUAUGAAAUUGGCCGUAGGAGGCCUACCGAUGACGACUCUGACCCCGACGGUGCUGAGAGCGAGGAAGAGGAAGACGACGAUGAUGACGAGGAGGAUAUUGAUGAGGACCCAUUGUUGGGACCUAUUGAUGGGGAUGGUGAUAGUGCUGAUGAUACGAGCAAUGAUGACGAUGACAGUCUCAGUGAUCUGGACGAAGACGAGGAAGAUGCCAAUUUCAUCAUGGAUGGAGACUUCGGUCCUGGGGGUGGAAUACUGGAGAUAGUAACCGAUGGAGAAGACGACGACAGCCAAAUGGUUGAAUCUUUGAGUAGCGGGGACGAAGGGGAUUUUGCAGGUUUUGUCUUCUGAAUUGUAUAUAAUCACCCAAGAGAAGUCCCAAGGUUUUUUUUUAUUUUAUUUUAAAUUUUAUCUGAUAGCAAUUUAGAUGGUGUAAUUAUUGCCCGUGGAUUUUGGUGAGAAAAUAUGAUAUCUUUUUAAUCGAGGCCAACUUAAUUUGUUGUCAAAGUUGAUCAUAUUGCGGGAUGGAUUAAACGGGUUUUCCAUAUCUAUAUCUUGGUUCCUCCUGUUGCUUCAA